AUGAGAUCGCAAACCAUUUGGCGGUCAUUUGGCCUACUGCAGCGCCAAUCUCUCGCUUCUCGUAAAUCCACCCACCGAGCUAUCCAAACAGCUACUUCUCGACCUGUCCCCAACUUCGCAUUUGCAUUUGACAUCGAUGGCGUCCUCCUCCGCGCAUCGAAACCUAUACCCGGCGCCGCCGACUCGCUGGCUCUCCUGAAGGAACAAGGCAUACCCUUUAUUCUGCUCACCAACGGCGGCGGUAAACAUGAGACAGAGCGGGUCGCAGAGAUUAGCGAGAAACUAGGAGUCCCCUUGGAUGCUACGGAUAUUGUACAGAGUCACUCGCCCUUUGCUGAGCUGGUCAAGGGAUCGGACGAGUCGGACGCUCUGGAACACAAGUGUGUUUUAGUGGCCGGAGGCGAUGGGGAUAGCUGUCGGCGCGUAGCAGAACAGUACGGUUUUAAGAAUGUCGUCACCCCGGCGGAUAUUCUCAUGGCCAACCCCGCUGUCUGGCCGUUUUCAAAGAACUUCAGCGACUAUUAUAAAACAUUUGCUCGACCGCUUCCGACCCCUAUUGACUUCAAUCAUCCAUCGAAAAGUUUGAAGAUCGACGCCGUCUUUGUGUUCAAUGACCCUCGUGAUUGGGCAUUGGACACUCAGGUUAUUAUGGACCUUCUCCUCUCGUCGCAAGGCCGUAUGGGCACUUUGUCCGAAAAGAACGGCCGAAUCGAUCUUCCCAACCAUGGAUACCAGCAAGAUGGCCAGCCCCAUCUGUACUUCUCUAACCCAGAUCUGUGGUGGGCUGCGGCCUACCCCUUGCCCCGUCUUGGCCAGGGCGGAUUCCGAGAAGCGCUUGAGGGAGUUUGGGCUGCGACUACAGGUGGCCCAAGCAAGGGUAUUGAGUUGAAGAAGACCGUAAUCGGCAAACCUUAUCAAUUCACCUACGAGUUUGCGGAGCGUCAAUUGCUUCGGAACCGACUGAAAACCUUUGGAAGCUCUGCAGAUUUCACGCCCUUGGAAAGAGUAUACAUGGUUGGUGAUAAUCCAGAGUCGGAUAUUCGAGGAGCCAACUCCUAUCGUAGUGAAAUUGGAAGUAGCUGGCACUCGAUCCUUGUCCGCACUGGAGUGUACAGCGGCGGAGAGCCUGCUUGGGCUCCUCGGACAAUUGCUGAUGAUGUGCAAAAAGGUGUUCAAUGGGCACUGAAGAGCUCGAGCUGGCCUGCUGCGUAG